AUGAUAUUCAAUAGGAAUUAUUCAAGAACAAGACAAUCUUCUAAAAAUAUAAAACAAACAAACGAUAAUGAUUUACCGAUAACAAAUGGUCUCAUGGCUAAAUUAAAAUGUUACUAUUUUUACGAUAUUUGGAAAGAAUUUUACCAAGAAUUUGAUAAUUCAGUUAUAGAAAUUAACGAAAGUGGAGGAAUUGCUUACAAUAUUAACGCUAAAAUAUUAGUUUACAACGUCUUAUUUCAAGACAAUUUUGAUAAUUCCAUUAUAUAUAUAAAAUCAAAUGAUUUUAAAUUUCUUAUUUCAAAUUCUAUAUUUGAUAGCAUUUCAUUAACUGGUAGUGAUAAUUCAUGUAUUUGCCAAGACGGUGGAUCAUGUGUUCAACAUCAAAUUUGCGUAAAAAACAUUUCUUCAAAUCAUUUUUCAAAAAUUGAAGUUUCAACUUAUGAUAAUAAUAUUAACUAUUUUAUAGAUUCAUCCAUAAUUGAUAUAGAAGUUCAAGAAUAUGCUAUUUCUCAGAAUAAUGGCAAUGAAUUAAUUGAUAAAUCAAACAUUUCGAAUGCAUUUGGCGGUAUUGAAAUUCUCAACCAACCAAAAAAUUCAAAAGUUUCAUAUUCAUCUUUUAUGAAUAACAGAGCAUAUAACAUAGCUUAUUUGUUAUAUUUUGAAACAUUCAAUGGAAACUUUCACCAUCUUAUUAUUGAUUCAAAUAAUGCAUACACUGCAAUAAUUUUUUUAUAUGGUGAUGACCAAUUUGUUAUAUCUAGCUGCAAUAUUAUUAAUAAUUAUGCAAAUUAUUUAAUUGAAUUAUAUAGGAAUGUAAUUAUAUCAAAUUGUUUUAUAGAUAGAAAUAACGGUGAAAUAGUUUAUGACAAUUAUCAACUCAUUGAACCUGCAGAUAAACAAAUAGAUCUAAAGAAUUCAAAUGCAGGAGAUGAUUUAUGUAAUGGAGAUUCUUUCAUUUUCAAUAAAAUCUUGUUCAAAAACAUCUCUGUAAGAAAUUUAAACUAUCCAAUCAUAGAAUACAACGAAAAUAUUCAACUUGAAAUUUCCGCUUUUGGAACAUCAACAAAAAUCGAAAUUGUAACAUGGAUUGAUGCCGACGAAACUAAUUUUAUUCCUCAUGAUCUACAACCUAUUAUUGAACAUAACUUAGAAGGUGUUUUUGGAAAACAUAUACUUAACAUCAAAUUCGAAUCAAAUGGAAAUUAUAUACUUAAAAGUUUUGAAUUCACUAGAAGAAAUGAAGCUAUAAUUAAUAUCAUGGAUUUAAUUUACACUGGAAAUAAAGUUGCAAUCACAGGUACAGUUGAUAAAACAUUCAAUGAUUGUUUCAUUUGUUUAUCAUUCGAUAACAAAACAUGUUCAAAGAACUUUCCUAUUUUCUCAAAUGAAUUUGAUAUUGUUUCAAACAUUCCAGAUAACUCUUAUUUCAAGAGUUCAUCAAUAUUUAUUCACGUUCGCAACAAAAAUGAUAAAAUUCUUGGCUCAACACAUCAAAAACUUUCCAAAAUAAAUUCAACAAAUAAUUGUUUUCCAGUUUAUUCAUUACGGCGAAAACAUUGA